GGGGGUUUGGCCAGAUCUGUAAAACAUAUGCGCCAGUCUCUCAGUCACCGGAUAGGAAAGCCUGAUGUUUUGCAGGUCUGGAGGAGCUCCGUCAGCGUGUGUGUCACUUCCAGCCGCGCACAGCUCCAGCCUCCAGCCCUGACCAGCGUGAUGACCGGCUGUCUCUGACGGGAAGCGCCGAGCAGCUUUCACUAUGGAGAUAUGAUGAAAACACACCUGUUUCGGCACAACCACUCACUCUGCCAAAACUCAGGAAGCCUUCAGCGUCAUUUACCUACAAUGAAUGAAAGCACAGCUGUUUCUCAACGAUUCACUUUGCUAAAACAAGGGUAGCCAGGAUGGGGGAACGGACUGUCGAUGCCCCCGUGGCGAGGAUCUCUCCAAUGCAGCAGAUGCUGGCCUCUGGCACUGGAGCUCUCCUCACUUCUCUCUUUGUCACCCCACUGGACGUUGUGAAGAUAAGACUGCAGGCGCAGCAGACACCAUUCUCCAAAGCUUUAGCCAGCGAAUCUGCUCCCUGGAGCGGCGUCAUCCGCCCCUCCAAGUGGAAGUGUUUCUUGUAUUGUAAUGGACUGAUGGAUCACAUCUAUGUGUGUCAAAAUGGAACCAGCUGCACCAGCUGGUACAAAAAACCGACACACUUCAGUGGCACUCUGGAUGCUUUUGUGAAGAUUACUCGACAUGAAGGACUCAGGUCUUUGUGGAGCGGGCUGCCACCAACACUGGUGAUGGCCGUACCUGCCACAGUCAUCUACUUCACCUGUAACGACCAGCUCCGGGAUUUCCUAACGUACAAGCUGGGUUUCCACGGCAGCCACGUUCCCCUUCUUGCUGGAGCCCUCGCUAGAUUGGGGGCGGUGACAGUGAUCAGCCCCCUGGAGCUCAUCAGGACUAAGAUGCAGUCCCGCCCGCUGUCCUACAGCGAGCUGCAGGCGUGUAUCCGCUCUGCCGUGGCCCAGGACGGCCUGCUGUCCCUGUGGAGGGGCUGGGGACCCACCGUCCUGCGGGACGUCCCGUUCUCUGCGGUGUACUGGUUCAACUACGAGCUCUUGAAGACGCGGCUGUGCGAACACUCCCACGCGUCUCACACCACCCUCUCCAUCAGCUUCACGGCAGGAGCCAUCUCUGGAACGAUCGCUGCAACCCUGACGCUGCCGUUUGAUGUGGUGAAGACACGGAGGCAGAUCCAGCUGGGAGAGAUGGAGACACUGGGAGUUUCCAUAAAGAAGACAGCGUCCACAUGGCAGAUAAUGAAGGAGAUCUGUGCCGAGUUGGGCUACAGGGGCCUUUUUGCAGGUUUCCUGCCCAGGGUGAUCAAAGUGGCCCCAGCCUGCGCCGUGAUGAUCAGCACCUAUGAGUUUGGAAAGACUUUCUUCCAGAAGAUGAAUCUUGAUUCAGAGCGGCGGGCGUCCUGAGGGCAGCCCGCUGUCCUGUUGGCUGCUUCUCAAUGGGAAGAGACUAUUCAGAGCACACACACACACACACACACACACACACACACACACACACACACACACACACACACACACACACACACACACACACACACACUAUGCAGGUGUCUCAUCAGACAAGGUGUGAGGUGACCGGACACACCAUCAGAUCUUUGAACUAAAUGUGAACUGAGUGUUAACGGGACACUCAGACUGAAGACACCAGGAGGCUGAGAGACACUUUGGCACCACAAACUUCCUGUGUGUUCAAGAAAAGCACUUGCAGUUAUCAGAGUAAAAUGGCGUGAGAAAAUGUUCUUUUGAUGCCUUUUGAAGGGAGUGAUACCAAAUCCUGCUGACACAAAUGAGACCUCUAUGGUAACAAAUUUUCAGAUGAUGAUGAUGAUGACUCCAUGGGCAGCAGAGGGACCUUCCUCUUGUCAGAGCAUGUAUGAACAUAAAAUUAUACGUCUUGAUCUGUAAAGGACAAUGGUAGAAAGUGUAAAUGCCUCAUGGGAAACUCAGAAACCUUGUAAACAGUUGCAUCUGCAUGAAAACAGGAGCGCAUGAGUAGCACGAGUGGAAGAUUCUCCCAUUUUCCAGCCUUUGCAAGGCCUCAUAAACUGCAUGGUGUGUGCAGUCCUGUGUAAUCCAGAUUGGUGCAAGUUAAUAGACUGGAUUACUGUGUUAUACUCAGCAGUAAAGCAUGGACACCCGGAGAUAAAGCAUCUGCACUGGCCCUGACGCACAACGGAAAGAACCGAGCAGUGACCAGAUUUCAUCCAAUCAACAGUUUGUCAGUUUGAUAAACUGUUCCAAUAAAUUUCAUAGAUCACUUGUACAGCACAGUCAUGUCAGAACUAUUUACAACACUGGAUCAUAAAAUUAAGUAUUGUUGCCUUCAAAAAGUAGAAUGUUAUUUUGUUUUUGUUUUUACUUAAAUGUAUGGGUUAAGUAUUAAAUGACUACUUAUUUUAUGCA